UAUCUCAGGGAGGUAGCUUCCCAGGCUGAGCCCUUGUUUCCCUGGGCAGCAGUUGCGCAGGAACCCUUCUGGGCGGACCUGCAGCCCCGCGUGGCCCUCGUGGAGCGCGGGGGAUCUCUAUGGCUGAAUUGCAGCACCAACUGCCCACGGCCAGAGCGCGGUGGCCUGGAGACCUCCCUGCGCCGGAAUGGGACACAGAGGGGUUUGCGCUGGCUGGCACGGCAGCUGGUGGACAUACGCGAGCCAGAGACCCAACCGGUCUGCUUCUUCCGCUGCGCGCGGCGAACACUGCAGGCGCGUGGGCUCAUUCGCACUUUUCAGCGUCCGGAUCGCGUAGAGCUGGUGCCGCUACCUGCCUGGCAGCCUGUGGGCGAGAACUUCACCCUCAGUUGUAGGGUCCCUGGCGCUGGGCCUCGUGGGAGCCUCACACUGACCUUACUGCGGGGCAGCCAGGAGCUGAUCCGACGCAGCUUCUCAGGAGAGCCACCACGAGCGCGGGGCGCGGUGCUCACAGCUACGGUAUUGGCGCGGAGGGAGGAUCAUAGGGCCAAUUUCUCGUGCCGCGCGGAGCUGGACCUGCGGCCGCAUGGUCUGGGACUGUUUGAAAAUAGCUCGGCUCCCAGAGAGCUCCGAACCUUCGCGCUGUCUCCGGAUCCCCCGCGCCUCACCGUCCCCCGGUUCUUGGAAGUGGACUUAGAAAGACCUGUGAACUGCACUCUGGAUGGAUUGUUUCCAGCCUCAGAGGCUCAGGUCUACCUGGCGCUGGGGGACCAGAGGCUGAGUCCCGAUAUCACCGUCGACGGGGAUGUGUUAAUGGCCACUGCCACCGCGAUAGCGAGCGCAGAGCAAGAGGGCCCCAGGGAAUUGGUCUGCAACGUGACCCUAGGGGGCAAGAGCCGCGAGACUCGAAAGAACUUGACCGUCUAUAGCUUUCCAGCCCCGUACUUGACCCUGAGCGAUCCCAGCGUGCCCGAGGGGAAAAUGGUGACAGUAACAUGCACUGCCGGGCCUGGAGCCCUGGUCACACUGGACGGAGUUCCAGCCGCGGCCCUUGGGCAGCCCGUCCAGGUCCAGCUAAACGCCACAGAGAACGACGACAGGCGCAGCUUCUUCUGCGAUGCCACCCUAGAGGUGGACGGGGAGACGCUGAGCAAGAAUGCGAGCGCCGAGCUGCAUGUGCUAUACGCCCCUCGAUUGGACGAUUUAGAUUGUCCCAGGAACUGGACAUGGCCAGAAGGCCCAGAACAGACGCUGCACUGUGAGGCCCGCGGAAACCCAGCACCUUCGGUGCACUGCGCUCGGCCAGACGGCGGGGCUGUGUUGGCGCUGGGCCUGCUGGGUCCCAUUACUCGCGCGCUUGCUGGCACUUACCACUGCACAGCCGCCAACAUCCAGGGCGAAGCUGUGAAGGAGGUGACCCUUACUGUGGAAUACGCACCAGCGCUGGACAGCGAGGGCUGCCCAGAACGCAUUACGUGGCUGGAAGGAACGGAGGCCUCGCUGAGCUGUGUAGCACAGGGGUUCCCGCAGCCCAAUGUAAGCUGUACGCGCUCUGGGGAGGUCAUGGAGGGUCUGUUACGUGUAGCCCGACGGCACGCAGGCACUUACCGCUGCGAAGCGACCAAUGCUCGAGGCUCUGCAGUCAGAAAUGUAGCUGUCACAGUGGAAUAUGGACCCAGUUUUGAGGAACUGAAUUGCCCCAGCAAUUGGACAUGGGUAGAAGGGUCUGGACAGCUGUUUUCCUGUGAGGUGGAUGGUAAACCAGAACCAAUUGUGGAAUGCAUCGGCUCCGGGGGCCUCAGUGAUGGGGUGCGGCUGCCACUUGCAUCCCCAGACCUUAGUCCCAGAGUCCCCAGCAUCUCUAGUGAUCUGGCACCCGGUAUCUACAUCUGCAAUGCCACCAAUCCACAUGGCUCCAUGGUCAAGACGGUAGCCGUGAGCUCGGAGUCACCACCGCAAAUGGAUGAGUCCACUUGCCCAAGUCACCAGUCGUGGCUGGAAGGGUCUGAGGCUGCAACACUGACCUGCACAGCCCGGGGUCAUCCCUUCCCACAAGUGCUCUGCUCGAGAGAGGGAGCAUCAGGGCCCCAGCAACAGCGAGUGUCCCGAGAGGAUGCGGGCACCUACCGCUGCUUGGCCACCAAUGUCCAUGGCACGGAUGCCCGGACCGUCACCGUGGGCGUGGAAUACCGGCCGGUGGUGGCCGAGUUGGCCGCCUCUCCCCCGGGAGGAGUGAGGCCAGGAGGGAAUUUCACAUUAACCUGCCGUGCAGAGGCAUGGCCCCCAGCCCAGAUCAGCUGGCGCGCCCCGCCGGGGGCACCCAACAUCGGCCUGUCCAGCAACAAUAGCACGCUGAGCGUGGCGGGAGCUAUUGGCAGCCACGGAGGCGAGUAUGAGUGCGAAGCCACCAACGCACACGGGCGCCACGCGCGGCGCAUUACCGUACGCGUCGCUGGUCCGUGGCUGUGGGUCGCAGUGGGCGGCGCAGCAGGGGGCGCUGCGCUGCUGGCCGCGGGGGCUGGCCUGGCCUUCUACGUGCAGUCCACAGCGUGCAAGAAGGGCGAGUAUAACGUGCAGGAGGCCGAGAGUUCGGGUGAAGCCGUGUGUCUCAACGGCACGGGGGGUGGCGCCGGCGGGAGCGCGGGAACGGAAGGUGUAACCGAGGCAGCCCGCAACACAGAGGCGCCCUCAGGGGGCGAGGUCUUCACCAUCCAGCUGACAUCUGCGUGAGCCUGCUCCCCUCUCCCGCAGGCCGGGGGAUGCCCCGCAGAUGCACCCGGGGGCUUAUUUAUUGUUUAUUUAUUGAUUCAUUUAUUUAUUCAACUCCAGGGGCCCACCCCAAUUUUCUACCCAC